AAUUCUUAAUGUUCUAGCUGCGGUCCGAUACUCUGGUUGUUUCAACUUCUAUGCCGAUCUUCCGUCGAGGGCCAUCAGUCGACAUCCGUGAUAAACUUCGAUAAAUGAGUCUUUUACAGUGUCCACUGGUAAAUCUCUUUUAGUAGAGAUACUUGUAUAGCCAGAAUGCAAUCAAGUGACCACCUGAUAUCAAGUAAUUGUAACACUUUAUUGUACAGUUAUAUAUAGAAUCAUCUAUCAUGGUAGUGAAAUAUGCUUCUUCAUAUCCAUCUUCUUUUCUAUUCACCUCGCCUCCGACUUCUACAUCUACCACCAUAAUGAAUUCUGCUGCACCAGCGCCUACGCUGAAAAAGCAAAAAACAGCAGCUAAAAAGCGUUACCUGAAGAAUAAGAAGAUAAGAAGGAAGGCUAAUCAGGCGUCUGCACCUAAAAAGAAGAGGAGAUUAGAUACAGCUAAAACGGAUGAUAAAAAUGGCGAUAAAGAGUCAUCUGAUAGUAGUAAUAGUAGCAGUAGUAGUAGUAGUAGUAGUAGUAGUAGCGAAAGUGACAGUGAUGAUAGUAGCGACAGUGACGACGAAAAAGUUACUACAAAGGAAUCAAAAGCUACAACAAAAGAACCAGAAGCUCUUAAGAAAUCAUCUUCACCAACUGAACCUCCGGGUCCUGUAGAAGCACCCCAAUUACCGUUGCUUGCAUUUCCAGAACCCCAGAAUCUCAAUACUGCCACACAGGAAGAACUUAAAAAGCUUGGUUUACCUGACGUUUUCGCCAACGAGAUACCUGUAGAUGCAAAUCAGACAUUUCCAUCAGCACAGUCUCACACACUCGGUAUAGGACAAAGGUUGAAGAGUAGAUUAACUGAUGUUGGUUUUGAGAGCUUAUUCGCAGUCCAGUUAGCUGCAAUUCCACUCCUUAUCGGUGAUUUGAAGGAAAAUAUACGACACCCACUUUAUCCAUCAGAGAGUCCAAGAGAUAUAUGUGUAUCAGCCCCAACUGGUUCCGGAAAGACACUAGGAUACACUCUUCCAAUCGUAGAGAUUAUCUCCAGGCGCUUAGUUACGCGUUUACGAGCACUCGUUGUCCUUCCUACACGUGAUCUCGUCUCACAAGUCAAGGAGACAUUCGAGAUAUUCGCCAAAGGAACGGAUUUGAAGGUUGGAACCAUCACUGGUCAACAAUCAUUCCAACAAGAGCAGGCAAAACUUGUCGAUCAAACUGAUUCAGUUCUUGCUGGUGGAUGCUCAAAAGUUGAUAUUCUCAUUGCAACCCCUGGAAGACUGAUUGAUCACAUCAACUCAACACCGAACUUUACAUUACAGCAUCUCAGAUUUUUGGUAGGUAUCUUGACUUACAUAUUCAUGGAGCUAAUAUACGCAAAGGUUAUCGAUGAGGCAGAUAGGCUGUUAAAUCAAUCUUUCCAAUCUUGGAUAGACAGGAUACAAGUUGCUUUAACAACCCCAAUUCAAACGCAGCCAAAGAGAGAUACACACGAUGCAUUAGGUUAUCCAAAUUCCAUGUUGAUAGAUGAAAAACAUGAUUUGAUAGAAACUUUCGAAAGACCACAGAGAGGGGUACAAAAAAUGUUGUUCUCAGCUACACUUACGACCGACCCAUCAAAAAUCCGUUCCUUACACCUCAACGAACCUAAAUUUGUGAUCGUUCGUAACAAUAAAGUAGAAGAUUACGCAAUUCCAACGACGCUUGAGGAACGAAUGAUCGUCUCCGAAACGGCGUAUAAACCAUUGAUGUUAUUACAUUUAUUACAUCAAAGGGGCGUAAGAAGAGCUUUAUGUUUCACAAAAUCUGUAGAAAGUGCGACAAGGUUAAUGCAUCUACUUAGAUUAUUCAAGGAAGAAGUUGGAAAUGGACCAACGGUAGCAUCAUUUAGUAGUGAUCUUUCACCUCAAGAGAGACAAAAGAUGUUGACCAAGUUUAGAGAUGGUGAAGUUGAUAUGUUGAUAUCUACGGACGUUAUUGCGAGAGGUAUAGACAUACAAGGAAUAGAGAAUGUUAUAAACUAUGAUAUACCACUUGAUAUGCCAAAAUACGUUCAUAGAGUUGGACGUACUGCUCGCGCAGGAUUAGUCGGUAAAGCAUGGACGUUGGUUGAAGUGCAAGAAGCAAAAUAUUUCAAAACGUACACUAAAAAUGCCAAGCAUGAAGUCAAAAAAGCCAGACCCAUGACAAAGGAAGUUGAACCCCUAAUGGAAGCUUAUGACAUCUCACUAAUUAAAUUGGGGAAGAUUUACAAUCACAACCCCAGCUAAUUAAUUGGCUACAUUUGAAGUGAUUUUGAGCAAUAUGGAC